AUGUUUAACAAGAAAAAGAAGCUAGCAGCUAAGAAAAAGAAACAAGAACAGAGGGAAAAGAGUGAAGCUUCGUUACAGUGUUGUGAUACUAAUGCAGGAGAAACACAAGCUCAAGACACUAAAACUCCACAGGAAAAAUUUGAUGAAGAACUGGCUUGGUGUAUAAGUCAGCUAGAGAUUGGACUAGCCAGGCAAAAACCAGACAAAAAUACAGCACAACACACAGAACAUAUAUUAAAAAGCUUAAAGUCUCCUAAAACUGCUCUUCCAAAGAAAAGGCAAAUUAUGUUUUCAGUGUUUGGAGAUUACAGAAAAAAAAUUGAAGAAGAUAAGAAAACAAGCCCUGCAAAAGAAUCUCAAAGGCCAAUAAAUGUAUUUUCUGUGAAAAAGAAUCAGCAAAAGAGUGUUUUCAUUAGAGUGUCACGUCAAGAAAAAAAUGUCAGUGAAUCAUCACUAAAUUCACAUUUACGAGAAGAGACUUCACCAGGAACAUUAUCAUCAACAAGCUGGAAAUUCAAGCCAUCGUCUUCUAAUGAGUUUAGGUUCAAUUUUGGUGAAUCAUAAUAAAUCAUUUAGUUUUAAUGUGAACCAAUGUUCUCAAUUAAAUGAAUUGUUAUAGUAUGCAAAGGUACAUUGGGACCUACUCUGAUGUUUUAUUUGAUUGACAUACCUAGUCUUGCCCAAUUUCCCUGUCACAACUGUUGUCUCAAUCAACAUGUUCCUUCAAUAUGAAAACAAUGCAAUCGAAUAUCAUUGCUGAUAUCUUUGUAUUUUCUCUCCUUUCAAUGUACCUUAAUAUGGAUUUUUAUGACAUGACAUAACUUCAAAUAUAGAAAAAAACUGUUCAGAGACACUGUAAUUCAUUAAAACAAUUUAAUCAAAUGCUUUAAUAUUAUUUAAUAUUUACAUGUCU